GCGGAAUUGCCCUUCAAAAUCAUUCUUCAGACUUACAUCUAUUUCAGUCAGCCAGGGUCGGCAAGUAGACAGGAGUAAACCGAACAUCAGACAGCAUGGGACUCUCAAGUGAUGCCAACUACAAGAAACUCGAGCAAUGGUACAAGUCCAAUGCCGGGAACCUCAAUAUGAGGAAAAUGUUCGAAGCUGACAAGGACAGGUUCAGCAAGCACAGCCUGACAUUACACACAGAAGAUGGAGACAUCCUUCUUGAUUACUCCAAGAAUCUCAUCAAUACGGAAGUCAUGGCAAUGCUGGUGGAACUGGCCAAGUCCAGAGGCGUGGAGGGUGCCAGAGAUAAGAUGUUUAGUGGAGAGAAGAUCAACUUCACUGAGAACCGCGCAGUGCUCCACGUUGCCCUGAGGAACCGCUCCAACACCCCCAUCCAGGUCGGGGGCAGUGAUGUGAUGCCGGAGGUGAACAAGGUGCUGGAGAAGAUGAAGGGAUUCUGCCAUAAAGUGCGCAGCGGUGAGUGGAAGGGCUACACCGGAAAGUCCAUCACAGAUGUGGUCAAUGUGGGCAUUGGUGGAUCUGAUCUGGGCCCGUUGAUGGUCACUGAGGCUCUGAAGCCCUACUCUAAAGAUGGACCCCGUGUGUGGUUCGUCUCCAACAUUGAUGGCACCCACAUCGCAAAGACCCUGGCUGCGCUCAACGCCGAGACCACGUUGUUCAUCGUCGCUUCCAAGACAUUCACUACUCAAGAGACCAUCACCAAUGCUGAGUCUGCCAAGGAAUGGUUCCUUAAAUCCGCAAAGGAUCCGGCUGCUGUGGCCAAGCACUUUGUUGCUCUCUCUACCAAUGCACCCAAAGUGAAGGACUUCGGCAUUGACACCAACAACAUGUUCGAGUUCUGGGAUUGGGUCGGUGGACGCUACUCUCUGUGGUCAGCCAUUGGACUGUCCAUCGCCCUGCACAUAGGGUUUGAGAACUUUGAGAAGCUUCUCUCCGGAGCUCACUGGAUGGACAAUCACUUCCGCACCGCCCCACUGGAGAAGAAUGCCCCUGUCCUCCUGGCUCUGCUGGGUAUCUGGUACAUCAACUACUUCCAGGCCGAGACACAUGCCAUGCUGCCAUACGACCAGUAUAUGCAUCGCUUUGCAGCUUACUUCCAGCAGGGUGAUAUGGAAUCCAACGGGAAGUACAUCACGACACAGGGUCACAAGGUGGACUACCACACUGGUCCCAUUGUUUGGGGAGAGCCAGGAACCAAUGGCCAGCAUGCGUUCUACCAGCUGAUUCACCAAGGCACACGCAUGAUUCCCUGUGACUUCCUCAUUCCCGCCCAGAGCCAGCACCCUAUCAGAGACAGUCUGCACCACAAGAUUCUGAUGGCCAACUUCCUGGCCCAGACUGAGGCCAUGAUGAAGGGGAAGACCACGGAGGAGGCCAAGGCUGAGCUGACCGCCGGAGGGCUGAGUGGAGAGGCGCUGGACAAGCUGCUACCACACAAAGUAUUCCAAGGCAACAAGCCAACCAACUCUAUCAUUUUCAAGAAGCUGAAUCCGUACACCUUGGGAGCGCUCAUUGCCAUGUAUGAGCACAAAAUCUUUGUCCAGGGAGUCAUGUGGGACAUCAACAGUUUUGACCAGUGGGGAGUGGAACUGGGCAAACAGCUGGCCAAGGCGAUCGAGCCUGAGCUGACAGCCGCUGGGGACGUGAGCUCCCAUGACUCCUCCACCAACGCUCUCAUCAAUUUCUUCAAGAAGAACCACGCCUGAGCCUAGUACUACCGCCACGUCGCCCCCCCCCCCCACCCCACCCAGCCUCUCCACACCACCGACCCCCCAGGUCUGGAGUCCACAGCAGUGCCCAGCUGAGCCCUGGCUGGCUGAUGGCCACGCAACUCCCUAGCACUGGAAGUGGAAGAGCUAACUGUAUCUGUAAUCACUUAUUUGUGUAAUCUUGAGUCUCUGUUCAUGGUGUAAAUUGACUAUGUUUAUGUGUCUGAACCUAGGAAAGGGAUCGGCUGUAUUUUACUGCACUGUAAGUCACCUUCUGUAGGUUACGCAGAAAGAGAAACAGGUUACUGCCAUAUUACGCUGCCCUGGUACUUAAUGGCUUGAAAAAUAAAUAUUGUCACAGUCACUUUA